AACCAUCCAACACCAGACACACCACCACGCGCCGUAGUCACCCUCGCUCUUUGCCGAUUCACUUCAUUCCGCCAACCCUAGCCAACAACUUUACCUUGCCCCCUUUUCCAACCUUGUCGAAACCACACGCCGCGCACGCUCACUGCCUCGCAAAAUGCCGCUCUGUGGUCUAGGAGGGUCCAAGACAGUACAGCGCAAGCUGGUGCUUCUUGGCGAUGGUGCAUGCGGAAAGACAUCUCUGUUGAACGUCUUCACAAGAGGAUACUUCCCGACAGUCUAUGAGCCUACGGUCUUUGAAAACUACGUUCACGAUAUCUUUGUUGAUAGCGUGCAUAUCGAGCUCUCAUUAUGGGAUACGGCUGGUCAGGAAGAAUUUGACCGAUUACGAAGUCUUUCAUACGACAACACCGACGUCGUUGUACUGUGCUUCAGCGUUGACAGCAAAGACUCGCUAGAGAACGUCGAGAGCAAAUGGAUUGGCGAGAUCCAGGAGAACUGUCCCGGCGUAAAGCUCGUACUCGUCGCCCUCAAGUGCGAUCUUCGCGAAAAUGGUGAAGAGGAAGACGAAGGUGGUGCUAGCGCUGCUGGUGCUGACGGUGCACAGCGCGAGAAGAAACCUAUGAUUGAAUACAACCAAGGCCUCGACGUUGCGCGAAGGAUCAAGGCCAUGAGAUACCUCGAGUGCUCAGCCAUGCGGAAUCGAGGCGUCAACGAAGCCUUCACAGAGGCUGCUCGUGUUGCGCUAAGUGUCAAACCAAGCGGCGAACAAGAGUCCAAGUGCGCCGUCAUGUAAGACGACUGCACACAAACUAGCUUCACACAAGUGCUAGCGAAAGCGCACGCCAUAAUCGCCCGCUUUACGGCUCGGCUUUCUUUUGCCCAUCCUUUAUUACGCUACCCAGCCUUGCCUUCGCUGCUCAUAGACGAAGGCACAAGCUUCGACGUUUGAAAUGACCUGCACCUGCUUUUCUUCAACCACUUACCACCUUUAAAACACCUUUCUUCUUG